GCUUACGGUAUUUCUCUCCCAUUUUGUCGUCAUUCACCAUAAUCCUGUGUUUUAUUAUUUUCACUACUUUAUUUACAACUUUAUACUGUCAUUUAUGGCGUCUUCUUUAGUAGUCGGUUCAUUUGUGUGUGAGCUCAAACUCUUGCUAUUGAGCUCUCAGCUCUUGUCUGUUUUUUUUCCUCCCUGAUUCCUCUGGGAUGACUCCGUGACCCGGCUCCCCGUGUCUCCGGUGUCGAGGUAGACCCACUGGAUGUCCCUCCUCUCACCCCCACCAGUAAGGAGGUCCUGAGCCAGGCGAUAAGGGCCACCUUCGCUGGCUUCGCCCAGGAGAGCAGCCAUAUGCACUUCCCACAAGACCCUAAACUGUGGUCAGAGUGGGAGGUGAACCACUGGUUAGACUGGUGCCAGGCUGAGUUCGGGCUCCAAAGCCUGGGCUCGGAUUGGAGAGGGCUGCCUGGGAGUGAGCUCUGUACCCUGGACAGAGAGGCCUUCCUGGACCUGAGCUCUGACUACACAGCAGGAGAGAUCCUCUGGGAACAUCUGGAAACUAUGCGCAGAGAUUGUGAAUAUGAUCGUGGUUCCUCUCUAGUCCAUUGCACGUUGAAUUCUCUCUGCCAGUCGCAAAUGAACCAAGACAGUUACGUGGACCAUGUGCAGCUCAUGGACAACCAGAAUCACCAUGGUCAGUUCUCCCAUCUCCCAAUAGAACCCCCACAGCUUCUGACCCUUGACCCUGUGACUGUGAGAUAUCAGGACUACCACCGGGUCAAACAGGAAGGACCUUACAGAAACCACCUGUCCUCUGUCCCUCUGCUCCGAGACCUUGACAGGACAGAGUGUGAGUCUGAGUUUGGGACCCUGCAUUAUGAGGACACGGACACCACCGCUUCUCUGUCCUUGACUAGACCAACGCAGGGUGUGGAAGAGUCCAUCUCUGAGGACCCCUUCAAUUUGCCACCCCCACACGGGAGCUUCAAAGAGUUUAUAGGGGACAAGUCUGAUCUGUGUAGAGCUGUGGUUCCGGCAGGCAUUCUGUCUGCUUAUACUGGCAGUGGUCCCAUUCAGCUGUGGCAGUUUCUAUUGGAGCUCCUCAUUGACCGCAGCUGUCAAUCAUUUAUAAUUUGGACAGGGGAUGGAUGGGAGUUUAAACUGACAGAUCCCGACGAGGCAAGAGUUGUAGCCUAUUAUAUGCUGUUACAGUGUUCUUAUUCUGAAGUGGCCCAGCUAUGGGGCCGGAGGAAGAACAAGCCUAAGAUGAACUACGAGAAGUUGAGUCGAGGCCUGCGCUACUACUACGACAAGAACAUCAUCCACAAGAACGCUGGCAAGCGCUACGUCUACCGUUUCGUCUGUGACCUGCAAGGCCUGCUGGGAUACGAACCCUGGGAACUGCACGCGAUGUUGGAUAUCACGGCCAAAGACGGCCAUGAGUGAAAGUGGGGAAAUGGGCGUUUCCUUUAUUCCUCGACCGCUUCUAAACACGCAUUGGAGGAGAAGGUCCGAGGGGAGGAGCCGUAGAGCGGAAUGGGAGGAACCUCAGAUCUUCUCCUUCAGUGAGUUUUGAGAAGGAGGUUGAAGAGCCAAGGAAAUAGUUUUUGAGAUUCACCCCGAUGUUGGUGCAGAUGGCGACGAGACAAGAGACUGUGUUUACAAAAACUCAACCUCCUUAUCAUUUGGCAAUCAUUAAUUUGAUCAUGGUCAACUGUAAGCUGUGGGGCUUGUAUGUUUUAUAUGUGAUAUGUAUAUAUUCAAUAUAAUUAUUGAAGAUAUGACCAGAGAAACAGUUUUGUUUAAAUUGUUGUUUAUUCAGGGCCUUCAGAAAGUAUUCACCCUCUUGACUUGUCCCAUGUUUUGUUGGGUUAAAAGGUCAAUUAAAAACAUUUUGGUCAAUGGUCUACACUAAGUACUCUGUGAUGUCAAAUUAGAAGAAAUGUUCUAACAUUUUGUACAACAAAAAAAAAUAAAAAUAAAACGCAUAUCUUGAUUACUUAUUAAGUAUUCAAACCCCUUAAGUCAAUAGAUGUUAGAAAUCACCUUUGGCAGCGAUUACAGCUGUGAGUCUUUCUGGGUAAGUCUCUAAGAGCUUUACACACCUGGAUUGUACAAUAUUUGCACAUUAUUCUUUACGAAAUUCUUCAAAUUCUGUCAAGUUGGUUGUCGAUCAUCGCUAGACAGCCGACGAUUUCAAGUAUUGCCAUAGAUUUAAGACAAUUUAAGUCAAAACUGUAACUUGGCCACUCAACAACAUUCAAUGUCCUCUUGGUAAGAAACUCCAGUGUAUAUUUAGCCUUGUGUUUUAGGUUAUUGUCCUGCUGAAAGUUGAAUUUGUCUCCCAGUGUCUGUUGGAAAGCAGACUGAACCAGGUUUCCCUCUAGGAUUUUGCCUGUGCUUAACUCUUAUUCCAUUUAUUUUUAUCCUAAAAAAAAAUCCCUUGCCGAUGACAAGCAUACCCAUAACGUGAUGCAGCCACCAUCAUGCUUGAAAAUAUGAAGAGUGGUACUCCGAUAUGUGGUGGAUUUGCUCCAACAUAACGCUUUGUAUUCAGGACAUAAAGUUCACUAAUUUGCCAAAUAUUUUGCAAUUUUACUUAAGUGCCUUGUUGCAAACAGGAUGCAUGUUUUGGAAUAUGUUUAUUCUGUACAGGCUUCCUUUGUUUCACUCUGUCAUUUAGCUUAGUAUUGUGGAGUAACUAUAAUGUUGUUAAUCCAUCCUUAGUUUUCUAUCACAGCCAUUAAACUUUGUAACUGUUUUAAAGUCA